GCAACUACAGUUUCCGACUGAAUUUUUUCUCUCUCUCUCUCUCUCUCUCACACACACACACACACAGACUAGGCAGUUGGUCGGAGAUGGCGACGCCGAUGGUGGAAGACAACUUCGAGGACGAUCAGCUUUCUUCAAUGACAACUGAAGACAUACAGAGGGCCUCUCGCCUUCUCGAUAACGAAAUCAGAAUCUUGAAGGAAGAGUUGCAGAGGACGAACUUGGAGUUAGAAUCAUUCAAGGAGAAGAUAAAAGAGAAUCAAGAAAAAAUCAAGCUGAACAAGCAGCUGCCUUACUUGGUUGGCAACAUUGUUGAGAUUUUGGAAAUGAACCCAGAGGAAGAGGCUGAGGAAGAUGGUGCGAACAUUGAUCUUGACUCGCAAAGGAAGGGUAAAUGUGUGGUGCUAAAAACAUCCACGCGCCAGACAAUUUUCCUGCCUGUAGUAGGUCUGGUUGACCCUGAUAAGUUGAAGCCCGGUGAUCUGGUUGGCGUGAAUAAGGACAGUUAUCUAAUCUUGGAUACUUUGCCAUCCGAGUAUGACUCACGUGUCAAGGCUAUGGAGGUUGAUGAGAAACCAACUGAAGACUACAACGAUAUUGGGGGCUUGGAGAAACAGAUUCAAGAAUUGGUUGAGGCAAUUGUAUUGCCCAUGACACACAAAGAGAGAUUUCAGAAGUUAGGAAUUCGCCCACCGAAGGGGGUCCUUUUAUAUGGUCCUCCUGGGACAGGGAAAACCUUAAUGGCCCGUGCAUGUGCUGCGCAAACAAAUGCUACUUUUCUGAAGCUAGCAGGCCCACAGCUUGUACAGAUGUUCAUUGGUGAUGGUGCAAAACUUGUUCGUGAUGCUUUCCAACUUGCCAAAGAAAAAUCUCCUUGCAUCAUAUUUAUUGAUGAGAUUGAUGCUAUUGGUACAAAGCGGUUUGAUAGUGAAGUUAGUGGGGACAGAGAGGUGCAAAGGACUAUGUUGGAAUUGCUCAAUCAACUUGAUGGUUUUAGCAGUGAUGAUCGGAUUAAGGUGAUAGCAGCAACAAAUCGAGCAGAUAUCUUGGAUCCUGCCUUGAUGCGUUCUGGUCGGCUGGAUCGUAAAAUUGAAUUUCCCCAUCCAACUGAGGAAGCAAGAGCUCGCAUUUUGCAGAUCCACUCCAGAAAGAUGAAUGUUCAUCCAGAUGUCAACUUUGAGGAGCUUGCUCGCUCCACAGAUGACUUCAAUGGGGCUCAACUUAAAGCUGUUUGUGUGGAAGCAGGCAUGUUAGCACUUCGUCGAGAUGCCACUGAGGUAAACCAUGAAGAUUUCAAUGAAGGCAUCAUACAAGUUCAAGCAAAAAAGAAAGCCAGCUUGAAUUACUAUGCAUAGGUUUUAAAUGCUAUGGGUGGUGCAACGCCGUAUUUAUGUACUACACGAUCGACCUCAUGAAGCACAAUCUACUUUGUUUUGGUGAAUCGACUUUUCUAACCGACUUUUCUAACCAUAGCUGUAAUUGCUUGAGAAUCCCGUCCUUCACCAUACUUGCAACAAACAACUCUAAGGUUGCUGCUACCUGUUUCCUGUCGUUUCAAUUACUGUGUUAUUAUAUGCUAGUUGAUUGUCGAUACUCGAUUGGGUUUA